CGAGUGCCGACCUAUUUGCUGCCGCACAGAGUCAAUGCAAGCGAAGAGAUGUCUCGUCUGAGUGAACACGGACAAGGACCGGGCUAGGAGCCCGGCUCGCAUGCGAGAGAGACGACUGACAGUGAGCGUGGUAGCGCAGUAGCGUAGUGUCAUCAAGAAUCCAAGACUCUGUAUCUCUGAGGCCUGGCGUGGGCGUCUCGGGCACCUUCCAAGCAAACACCAGACGCUAGGUCAUCAUGAAGUUAUCCAUGAGCCUCCCAGCCCUCGCGGCCAUCACGUCCAUGGCGACCGUCCAAGCCGCACCGCAGCCCAACAUCCCCCCUCCCACCAAGACCGUCGAAGCCGACGAUACAGCGAAGCGCGCCGUCUUCAAACACCCGGGCAUAUUCGUCGACCAGGCGCGCCUCGACCUCAUGGCGUCCAAGGUCGGCAACGCAGAGCAGCCGUGGGCGGCCGCCUACGCCGCCCUGGAGAAGCACGAGUUCGCCACGCGGGCCAAGCCGACGCCGUACCCGACGGUCGAGUGCGGGCCGUACUCGACGCCCGACGUCGGGUGUCGCGACGAGAGGGCCGACGCCAUGGCCGCGUACGCCAACGCCCUCAUGUGGGCGGCCACCGGGGACAGGGCCAGGGCCGACCGCGCCAUCGGCUUCAUGAACGCCUGGGCGCAGACGGUCAAGGCGCACACCAACUCCAACGCGCCCCUGCAGGCGGCGUGGGCGGCGGCGGACUGGGUGCGCGCGGGGGAGAUCAUACGGUACACCGACGCGGGGUGGAAGAGCGCCGACGUGGCUGCCUUUGGGGACAUGCUUCGGAAGGUGUAUCUCCCCUUGGUGAAGAACGGGUCCAGGAAUCCCAACAACUGGGAGCUCGUCUUGAACGAGGCCGCCAUCGGCAUUGCAGUCUUCCUCGACGACAAGGCCACGUACGAUGCCACCAUGAAGCGCUUCCUCAGGAGCGCAGCGCAAUAUUUCUAUCUCAAGACAGACGGACCACGCCCCGUCAAGCCCGCAGGCAUGACCGACGAGAAGCAAAACUGGUGGUGGGAUGGGCAAAUCGCACGCGGGCUCGAGGACGGCAUCGCCAUGGAGAUCUGCCGAGACCUCACCCACACGGGGUACGGCAUCGCGUCUGUCUCGCACAUCAUCGAGACGUCCAAGAUCCAGGGGCGCGACCUCUACAAGGAAGAGGUCGGCACGCGCCUGCGGUACGCGCUCGAGUUCCAGACAAAGUACGACCCCAACGGCGGGGCCGCCCCGGUGCCGUCGUGGCUCUGCGGCGGGAAGCUCGCGCUCCACCUCGAGGACGUGACGGAGCCGGGCUGGAACGCCAUGGGCCGCGAGUUCGACAUGCCGUGGUCGGGCGGCUUUACCAUGAAGCACAGGCCGGCGGGCGCGAAUACUCUGUUUGUGGGCUGGGAGACUCUGACCCAUGCCCAGUGACGUUGGCAACGUGAACAUGAUGCCCGUGCUGGUUGCGUUGAGUACAUAUAAAUGGGGUAAUGCCUUUGCUGCAUAGGACCAUGGUUGAGACAUACACGCGGCGCAUUGGCAGUUGUAUACUCGUCUUAAAGCACCGGGACUUGUUCUGGGGAACCUCCGAGAGUUGAGGCGAAGCG